AUGGCGGCGUCGGCAGCACAUUCUCGUGCGCUUUUCACCGACGGCGUGCGAGCGACUCUUCAUUCUUGGCCAGUUCUUCAGAUUGCGCUGGAUAACGGCUUCGGGGGCGUGUACGGGCAGCAGAAAGCCGAUUGGCUGGUGGAUGUGGUCCAGCAGUAUUUCCACGACAAUGCUGACCUGCAGCAGGAUGAAGUUGAAGACUUCCUCUGCACGCUCAUGGAUCAAGAGUUUGAUACCGUGGUAGAAGAUGGGAGUUUACCUCAGGUGUGUUUGCGACUGAUUCAGAUGUUCAGUCAGUGGCAGCAGGGGGCGCUGCAGCAACUGUCUCACUCCAUCCAAUUGCUGACGCACAAGCAAACGGCCAGGGUCAAGGUCACGGCGCCCCCCGACUCGGAUUCGGACGGCGACGAACAAACGCAGGUCGGGCACACGCGCAAAUCCAGACGGACGAAAGAGCCGCGAUGGAAUUUGAAAACGCGACAGACAGCGCUAGCGAUCAACAGAUUAGAGGUGCUCCUCAGGAGGACCAAGACGGAUGGACGCUCGUCGGAAAGAGAAAGUGAAGCCCGCUUUGGAGGAUGA